AUGGCCUCUACAACAUCCAACGUAGCGUUCGGCAACGCAUACUCCAGCGUCCAAGCCAACACCAUCAACGGCUCUGUCCACAUUGGUACGAAGAAGCGGGGCGCUAAGCAGACACCUCAAGCAGGACUCGACAACACACUUGGUCGUCUCCCACUCGCUGAAGACGCGCCCUUCAACUCGUUCGCGAAGCGGCUCGAGUCAACCUGCCUGACCAAUACGCGUGUCGACCUCUUGCGCGAGAUAUACAGUUGGGCGGAC